AUGUUCAAAUCUCCAAGCCGCGGCCUCUGGGUCUGCACCCAAUGCGUUCGGCAAGCUUCCCGAGGCCAGCAGCGCCGAUGGAUGGCUGCCGUGUCCGGCGCCGCCCCUCCGAGCAUCACCGCCGACCACUCACCUCCGGGUAGAAACACUGACGAUGGCAUUCUGCGCGAGCUGUUCGACUCUCCCGAUCGGGCCGCAAAGGCAUUUAAGGCGGCUGGGCCCAGCGUCGGCCUUUUCAAGAACCGUUACCUCACGAGUCCGAAUGGCUUUUACGUUUUCGCCCGCAGGAGCUUGGAGAAGGCGCAGAAGAUUGUACAUCGCGUGCUUCAUGCGUCAAGUGUAUCCGAAUACCAAUCCGUCGUCAAGGACCUGGACCGCCUCAGCGACCUCCUCUGCCGAGUCCUCGAUCUCUCCGAUUUUGUCAGAAUGACGCACCCAGACCCUCGAUUCCAACAAGCAGCUGCUGGGGCUUGGUCUAUGGUUUACCAGUAUAUGAACCAGCUGAAUACCAUGACCGGGCUGAGCGACCAGCUGGUGAAGGCAAUGGGACAGCCCGAAGUUGUCGCGGCAUGGUCGGAAGAGGAGAGGACUGUUGCGGAGAUUCUCAAGCUGGACUUUACCAAGUCGGCCGUCGACCUGCCGCAACAGGAGCGAGAUCGUUUCGUCGACCUUUCGCAGCAGAUCAGCGAGGUUGGGUCCAUGUUCGUUUCGGACAUGGCGCCUGCGAAAAGGGAGGUCGUCCUUCCAUCUUCGAGCUUCUACGGGCUGUAUCCCGGCAUUGCUCGUGCGCUUACCAUGAGAGGCAAGUUGCGCCUCCCGACCACCGGUCCUGAAGCUCAGGCCGCGCUCCGAAGCGUCAAGGACGAAGGAACGCGGAAGGAGGUGUACAUGGCGAUGCGCACUGCCUCGAAGCAGACAGUCCAUCUGCUGGAGACGAUGCUCAAGCUCCGAUCCGAGCUGGCAAAUCUCGCGGGUUUCUCGAGCUAUGCCCAUCUCUCUUUGAAAGACAGAAUGAUGGCAAAGUCCCCUGGUGCCGUGAUGCAAUUCCUACAGGCGCUGCAAAAGCACAAUACCCCUAUCGUCCAGCAGGAAAUGGCGGACCUCCUAAGGUUGAAGCAGACUCAACUUGACGCGACUGCUACUCAAGUUCAUCCCUGGGAUAAGGAUUUUCUGAUGGAUGGCGUUCGGUCCGGAAUGAGGCUUCCGGUCCGUCAUCCCGACCAUCUCCCUUCUUUCUUCUCGAUCGGGACCGUCAUGCAGGGCAUGUCGAGGCUAUUCACCCGGCUCUACGGCAUCCAGUUCAGGCCUAGAGAGUCCCAACCGGGCGAGACUUGGCACGAGGACGUGCGACGACUGGAUGUCGUCACGGAUACUGGCGAGUUGAUUGCCGUCCUGUACUGCGACCUGUUUUUCAGGGAGGACAAGUCGCCAAACCCUGCCCAUUUCACAGUGCGCUGCUCUCGGGCUAUCGCUUCGUACGAAGUGCAGGAGGCCGCGGAGGACAUUCACAAUGCCACUUCCGACAUGCCCAAGUUCGAGAGACCCGAGCAAGCUGCCAACGAUGGUAUGGAGAGCUUGCUGCAGGAUGGCGUCCUGAUGCAGCUGCCCACCAUCGCACUUGUUUGUGACUUCCCAAAGCACGAUGCCGGCAGUUCUGCGCCGGCGCUUCUCUCAUACUACCAGGUCGAGACCCUCUUCCACGAGAUGGGACAUGCUAUCCACUCGAUCUUGGCCCGCACCAAGCUCCAGAACGUGUCGGGCACGAGAUGCGCGACCGACUUCGCCGAGCUCCCUUCGACGCUGAUGGAGCACUUCGCCGCCGACCCGUCGGUACUGGCACUCUUCGCAAGACACUGGAAGACGGACGAACCCCUACCGUACCAGAUGGUCGCCGAGCGGAUCCGUCUGGCGAAGCGUUUCGAGGGCAUUGACACGGAGAACCAGAUCCUUCUUUCCCUUCUCGAUCAGUCAUACCACAAUCCCGAGGUCGCCGACCCGACGUUCAACUCGACUCAGGUCUACCACAACCUGCAGAGGCAGUACUCCCAGGGCGGCGCCGACCCUCCCAGCACGUGCUGGCAGGGGUUCUUCGGCCACCUGCAUGGGUACGGCAGCACCUACUACAGCUACGUCUUCGACCGCGUCCUGGCCGAGCGGGUCUGGCGCGUGGUGUUCCGCGCCGGUGCGGACGGCAAGGCGCUCGACCGGGCCAACGGCGAGCGGCUUAAGGAGAACCUCCUGAAGUGGGGCGGCAGCCGCGACCCGUGGCAGUGUCUGGCGGACACCCUCCAGGAUGACCGUCUUGCCAGGGGCGACGACAAGGCGAUGGCGCUGGUUGGCAGUUGGGGUAUCAAGGACGACCAUGCCUGA